AUGUGUAGCAAAUGCCAGAACAAUCUGCCACCUCGAGAACCAGGGUAUCCCUUAAUAGGAAAUGUUGGUUUUAAAUCAGAGGCUCCAGUCAUUCUGAAUUUAUGGCAUAAACAUGGUGAUUUGAUCACAUUAAAAGUCUUUGGACAGAAACUCAUCAUUGUAUGUGGGUAUCAAACAUUACACGAGGUUCUGGAGAAGAAUGGCGAACAUAGUUUUGAACAUGCAGAUGUCUAUCAGAAUCAAGAAUAUUUCGAAAGAUCAGGUAUACUUGGUGCAUUUGGAGAAGUUUGGCGUAUGCAAAGGAAAUUCGCAAUCGAUACGUUGAAAAGCAUAGAUUCAGGAAGCUUCAAUCUAGAAUCACGUGUAGUCGUUGAAGUCUCAAACUUUAUAACAAACGCAGAAAAUGUUGGAGGCCAGGCUUUCAAGGUUGAUGAAUUGGUAAAAACUUACCAUUACAACAUCGCCUCAUCUCUUAUUUUCGGGAAAAGAUUCGAAAAUGGAGAUGCUACACUGCAAAGCCUCAUAGAGUUGAUUAACGAGGCAAUAUUUAACACUCCUGAUCAAGCGCCUCUGACUUUCUUGGCGUGGCUUAGACAUCUUCCUGGGGAUAAGUAUAAAGCAAGACGCCAGCGAUAUGUUCUCGACGGGAUUCUAAACAUCAUGCAGAGGGCUGUGGAUGAGCACAAGAAAAUACCCGAAAAACCGGAUUCUACAGACUUUAUAUACAGUUUUGUUAAAGAGCAAGAACGGAGGAGGCGACAUAAUGAGGAUCUAUCUGGUUUCAAAGACCGAGAUUUACUUUUAAUGGGAUACGGCCUUCUCUUUGGUGGAGUCGGUUCUGCUCACACACUCCAAUGGUCAAUUUUAUACCUGAUGCAUUAUCCUGAAGUCGUCUCUCGCAUGCAGAGAGAAAUUGAAGAAAACGUCGAAAACGCUCGCCCUCUUACCAUGGAAGAUAAACCACGUCUUCCUUUCUGUCUAGCGGUGAUGUACGAGGUUCUCCGAACAGCGUCAGUCAUCUAUGCUGCCCCAAUUCAUGCUCUGACAUCUGAUAUAACGAUAAAUGGCUACACUUUACCAAAAGACGCCUACUUGCUGCUGGCCCUAUGUAGUGUCAACAUGGAUCCAUCUAUCUUUAAAGAACCAGAAACAUUUAACCCCGAUCGCUUCAUUAACGAAGAUGGUCAAGUAUUUGGUUUUGAGAAAGUCAACACUUCCUUUUCAUUAGGACCAAGAAAUUGCUUAGGUCAACGAUUAGCAGAAAUGGAAAUGUUCCUUUUCAUCACUAGCCUAGUGCAGAACUUUGAUAUUGAAAACGAGGCAGAUACUCCCCUCCCAUCCCUAGAGGGAACAUAUAAAGGGGUACACGUCGCCACCCCUUAUAAAGUGUGCCUCAAGAAGAGAGACAAUGAAGUACAGAGAAGCCAGGAAAUUGUUUAA